AUGAACUGUGUUAAACCAGACUGGACCGGGCCUUCUUUUACUCCACACAUCACUCAGGACCGGGUUUCACACAUCACUCGGAUCCGGGUUCCACACAGCACUCAGGACCGGGUUCCACACAGCACUCAGGACCGGGUUCCACACAGCACUCAGGACCGGGUUUCACACAUCACUCGGAUCCGGGUUCCACACAGCACUCAGGACCGUGUUCCACACAUCACUCAGGACCGGGUUCCACACAUCACUCAGGACCGGGUUCCACACAGCACUCAGGACCGGGUUCCACACAGCACUCAGGACCGGGUUCCACACAGCACUCAGGACCGGGUUCCACACAACACUCAGGACCGGGUUCCACACAUCACUCAGGACCGGGUUCCACACAUCACUCAGGACCGGGUUCCACACAUCACUCGGGACCGGGUUCCACACAUCACUCGGGACCGGGUUCCACACAUCACUCGGGACCGGGUUCCACACAUCACUCGGGACCGGGUUCCACACAUCACUCGGGACCGGGUUCCACACAGCACUCGGGACCGGGUUCCACACAGCACUCGGGACCGGGUUCCACACAGCACUCGGGACCGGGUUCCACACAGCACUCGGGACCGGGUUCCACACAGCACUCGGGACCGGGUUCCACACAUCACUCGGGACCGGGUUCCACACAGCACUCGGGACCGGGUUCCACACAGCACUCGGGACCGGGUUCCACACAUCACUCGGAUCCGGGUUCCACACAGCACUCAGGACCGGGUUUCACACAUCACUCGGAUCCGGGUUCCACACAGCACUCAGGACCGUGUUCCACACAUCACUCAGGACCGGGUUCCACACAUCACUCAGGACCGGGUUCCACACAGCACUCGGGACCGGGUUCCACACAACACUCGGGACCGGGUUCCACACAUCACUCGGGACCGGGUUCCACACAUCACUCGGGACCGGGUUCCACACAUCACUCGGGACCGGGUUCCACACAUCACUCGGGACCGGGUUCCACACAUCACUCGGGACCGGGUUCCACACAGCACUCGGGACCGGGUUCCACACAGCACUCGGGACCGGGUUCCACACAGCACUCGGGACCGGGUUCCACACAGCACUCGGGACCGGGUUCCACACAUCACUCAGGACCGGGUUCCACACAACACUCAGGACCGGGUUCCACACAUCACUCAGAGCCGGGUUCCACACAUCACUCGGGACCGGGUUCCACACAGCACUCGGGACCGGGUUCCACACAGCACUCGGGACCGGGUUCCACACAGCACUCGGGACCGGGUUCCACACAGCACUCGGGACCGGGUUCCACACAGCACUCGGGACCGGGUUCCACACAGCACUCGGGACCGGGUUCCACACAGCACUCAGGACCGGGUUCCACACAGCACUCAGGACCGGGUUCCACACAUCACUCAGGACCGGGUUCCACACAGCACUCAGGACCGGGUUCCACACAGAACUCAGGACCGGGUUCCACACAGCACUCAGAACCGGGUUCCACACAUCAGAACUGUUUCAGGAUUUGGAAUGGUUUAA